AUGAACCUGGAGCCCUCCAAAGAUGGCAGCCCAGCCCUUCCACCCAGGGAUCUGCUCAGCCUGUCAGCAGCUUCAGUAACCAAAAAGGACAGUCCCAUGGGACAGGUGGUGGAGGAAGAGUACUCCUGCGAGUAUGGCUCAUUUACCUAUCUGCUGCUGUGCUCCUUAGGUGGGGUGGUGAGUUGUGGUGCAACGCACACAGCGGUAGUGCCCCUGGAUGUGGUGAAGUGCCGCAUGCAGGUGGAACCCAGGCGUUACCAAGGGCUUAUGCAAGGCCUUUCUCUUACGGUGCGAGAGGAGGGGAUUCCUGGCCUGGCUAAAGGAUGGGCUCCAACAGCCAUAGGUUAUUCCAUGCAGGGCUUUGGCAAGUUUGGACUUUAUGAAUUCUUCAAGUUACAGUACUCUGAGUUUUUGGGUCCGGAGCAAGCUUAUCUGUGGCGGACUAGCCUCUACCUCGCUGCUUCAGCCAGUGCCGAAUUCUUUGCUGACAUUGCUUUGGCUCCGAUGGAAGCAGUCAAGGUACGGAUUCAGACCCAGCGUGGUUAUGCCAAAACAUUGCGAGAAGCAGCUCCCAAAAUGUAUAUCGAAGAAGGACUCUGGGCUUUCUAUAAGGGUGUAUAUCCCCUCUGGCUGCGACAGAUCCCUUAUACCAUGAUGAAGUUUUCCUGCUUUGAACGAACUAUAGAAGCACUCUAUAAAUACGUCAUUCCUAAACCGCGAGAUCAAUGCAGCAAGAUGGAACAACUUGGAGUCACAUUUGUUGGCGGAUAUAUCGCUGGCAUCUUCUGUGCUAUAGUCUCACACCCGGCUGAUUCUGUGGUGUCAGUGCUGAACCAAGAAAGGGGCACCACUGUUUUGGGUGUCCUCAAGAAGUUGGGCAUGCAUGGGAUCUGGAAAGGCCUCUUCACCCGUAUUCUGAUGAUUGGUACCCUCACUGGACUGCAGUGGUUCAUCUACGAUUCUGUUAAAGUUUAUCUCAAGUUGCCUCGUCCCCCUCCACCUGAAAUGCCUGAAUCUUUGAAAAAGAAACUCUCUCAAAAUUAA